CGCAGCUGCCGCCGCCGCGGAGGGCCGAGCCGCGGGCGCCGCGCUCCCCGCUCUGCCCCGCCGCAGCGCCCGCCGCCGCGGCUGCUCCGCCUGAGCGCGCCCGGCGCGGAGCGGCGCGGAGCCGCAUGGCCCUGCCGCCGGCCGCCCCGCGCUAGCGGCACCCGCACCCGGGAGGCGCCGGCCCGGCGGCGGGGCUGCCCGCGCCUCGGCCGCGUCCGUCUGUCCAUCCGUCCGUCCGUCCGUGCGUCCGUCCAGCGCAGCGCCCGGCGCGCAGGAUCCCGCAGCGGGGUGCGGAGCGGCAGCGCUUGGCGAGGAUUAACCUGGCGCAGGUACACGACAAGGCUCUUGAAUCUGUUCUACAAUGGAAAAACUGCUUUUGUUUCUGCUGUUCAUUGGCGUAGCGGUGCGAGCUCAGAUCUGCCCCAAGCGCUGCGUCUGUCAGAUCUUGUCUCCGAACCUCGCCACCCUCUGUGCCAAGAAAGGGCUCUUGUUUGUUCCUCCCAACAUUGACAGGAGGACGGUGGAGCUGCGGCUGGCAGACAACUUUGUUACAAACAUUAAAAGGAAAGACUUUGCCAACAUGACCAGCCUGGUGGACCUGACGCUGUCCCGGAAUACAAUCAGUUUUAUCACACCUCACGCAUUUGCCGACCUGCGCAAUUUGCGGGCUCUGCAUUUGAACAGCAACCGAUUGACUAAGAUCACUAAUGACAUGUUCAGUGGGCUCUCCAAUCUCCACCACUUGAUACUGAACAAUAACCAGCUGACUUUAAUUUCUUCCACAGCUUUCGAUGAUGUUUUAGCUCUCGAGGAAUUGGAUUUGUCUUACAACAAUCUGGAGACCAUCCCUUGGGAUGCCGUGGAGAAAAUGGUCAGUUUGCACACUCUCAGUCUUGACCACAACAUGAUUGACCAUAUUCCUAAGGGGACCUUCUCCCACCUCCACAAGAUGACCAGGUUGGACGUCACAUCCAACAAACUGCAGAAGCUACCGCCUGAUCCGCUCUUCCAGCGCGCCCAGGUGCUGGCAACCUCAGGAAUUAUCAGCCCCUCAACGUUUGCGUUGAGCUUUGGUGGGAACCCCUUGCAUUGCAACUGUGAGCUUUUGUGGCUGAGGCGCCUUUCCAGGGAGGACGACCUGGAGACGUGUGCUUCUCCUACACUCCUGUCUGGCCGGUACUUCUGGUCGAUCCCUGAGGAGGAGUUCCUGUGCGAGCCCCCGCUCAUCACCCGGCACACCCACGAGCUGCGGGUGCUGGAGGGGCAGCGGGCAGCCCUGCGCUGCAAGGCCCGGGGUGACCCCGAGCCAGCCAUCCAUUGGAUUUCACCUGAGGGCAAACUGAUUUCCAAUGCAACCAGGUCCACGGUGUACGACAAUGGGACGCUCGACAUCCUCAUCACGACGGUGAAGGACACGGGCUCCUUCACCUGCAUUGCUUCCAACCCAGCAGGGGAGGCCACGCAGACAGUGGACCUGCACAUCAUCAAACUCCCCCACUUGCUGAACAGCACAAACCACAUCCAUGAGCCUGACCCAGGCUCCUCGGAUAUCUCCACAUCCACCAAGUCGGGCUCCAACGCGAGCAGUAGCAACGGGGAUACUAAAGUCACCCAGGAUAAGAAGGUGGUUGUUGCUGAAGCGACCUCCUCCACGGCUCUGCUGAAAUUCAAUUUCCAGAGGAAUAUACCUGGGAUACGUAUGUUUCAAAUCCAGUACAAUGGUACUUACGAUGACUCCCUUGUUUACAGAAUGAUACCUCCCACGAGCAAAACCUUUCUGGUCAACAACCUGGCUGCGGGGACGAUGUACGACCUGUGUGUCCUGGCCAUCUACGAUGACGGGAUCACCUCGCUGACGGCCACCAGAGUCGUGGGCUGCACGCAGUUCACCACCGAGCAGGAUUAUGUGCGCUGCCACUUCAUGCAGUCCCAGUUCCUGGGCGGGACCAUGAUUAUCAUCAUUGGUGGGAUCAUUGUGGCAUCCGUGCUCGUGUUCAUCAUCAUCCUCAUGAUCCGCUACAAGGUGUGUAACAACAACGGGCAGCAAAAGGCCACCAAGGUCAGCAACGUGUACUCGCAGACGAACGGGGCUCAGAUGCAGGGCUGCAGUGGGGUGCUGUCGCAGUCCAUGUCCAAGCAGGCUCUCGGGCACGAGGAGGGCAUCCAGUGCUGCAAGGCUGCCAGCGACGGUGUGAUGCAGUCACCGGACACCGGCUCCAGCCAGGACUCGGCCACCACUACCUCCGCUUUGCCUCCCACCUGGACUUCCAGCACUUCCCUGUCGCAGAAGCAGAAGCGAAAGUCGGGGCCAAAGCCCGGCAGCGAGCCGCAGGGCGAGGCCGGCGGCAGCACCGAGCCCCAGAACUCGAACAGAAAUAACUCCACGGCCCUGCAGUUAGCGAGCCGGCCCGCAGACGCGGCCCCCGCGGCCCACACGUACAAAAGAGCACAAUCAAAGCCAAGUAAGUUCCUCACCCUGCCGGCCGACGCGUCCCGAGCCAAGCGCCGGCGGUCGCUGGGCGGCGAGCUGCUGGAGCCCCGCGGCGCCGGCGCCGGCGGCCUGCGCUCCAAACGGAGCCUGUCCAUGAACGGGAUGCUAGUCCAGGCAGACUGCGCCGGGGCCGAUAGCGGAAAAGCAACUUUCUCCAGUUCUGAGUGGAUAUUGGAAAGCACUGUGUGACCUGCUUUUUUUUUUCUUUUUUCUUUUUUUUUUUUUUUUUUAAUUUUUAUUUUGACUUAAAACAAAACACCAAACAUUGUGUGAAACUCCCUUUCCCAGGGAAUUGGAUUUGGAUGUCCACUGCUGUCUCGCUGAUUAAUGGCUUGUUCAUGCGGGGUUCUGUAUAAGCCACCCGGUGCACACGGGGGGUUAUUUAGUUUUUGUUUGGUUUUACUUAUUAUCAAAACCGAAGGCAACAUUCAGAGAUUAAAAAAAAAAAAAAAAAGGAAAAAAAGAUUAAGGGGCGAAAAAAAGCACGAAACAGCACCAGUGCCUUCCCUGCUCUAGGACUGGCUUCCUGGUUCUGCGGUAGCAGAAAACAAAAGAGAGAGUUUUCACAGAAAAAGCCUUUUAUAAAGGAAAUGCAAUUUCCUCCAAGCUAACAAAUAACCACUUCUGGAUCAAUCAGUAAAAUGAUAUUUUUUAAACCGGUCAGACUGUAUAUUUCUUUUCCGUGACAAUGGUGUUGCCUUUGUUUUUAGGCAAAUGCUGUACAGGAGCAACAACGCGGUGUUGUUAUGUUGUGUAAAAUAAAAUAUUCACUCGGUACUCCAGCCAGCCUCGCGGUGACUGCCCCGCCGGAGCCGGGCCGGGCGCUCCACAGCUCCCACCGUGGGGCUGGGGGAGGACCAGGAGGCACCAGGCUGCGGCUGCGCUCCCCUGGGCCGCGCCUGGCCGGCCGGGGCUGGCCCUGCUGAGGCAGUGGGAGCCCAGCCCGCUUCUCCCUGGAAAGGUGCCUGACCCAGGGUCCAGAGCACCCCGUCCUGCAGGUGCCUGGGGAGGGAGCGGGGCUGGGCACCUCGGGGUGCAGGGCAGAGCUGAGCAGGGCCAGCUGGGCAGCCAGGGCGGGUGCUGAUGGUCGUCUCCUGCUGUCCUAGACCUUUGGGGUGUAUUUCUUCUGAACUUCAUGGUUUGAUCCAGUUCUUUUCAGUCCCUGAGUGCAUUGAGGGGCCUGCAAGAUGAUGGUCUCACCUUUAAGCUGCUCUUAAUUGCGGUGCCUGUGGGACAGAGUGAAUUUGGGCCACUCUGUAGGGACAGAACCCCACAGCAGUAGGGGACAGCAGGUGCAAAUUUUGUUGUGUGGAUGGCAGCUGCUCUGCUCACUGUAAAGGGAAGCCUGCAGUUAAUAUUAAUUAAACUCAUAUGGUCAUCAUAUUCAAAUUAGAGACAGCUUAACUCUGAGUAUUUGAGCAUUGUGCAUUCUCAGAUGCCAAAUAAUAGGCUCAGGAUGGACUUUGUGGCCAUAAAAGUGAGAGAAUAGUUAAAUUUCAUAUCCUGUAUGCUUGUUCUUGGGGGCACCGUAACUAAAGCAGGUGCCUGAGGCCAGCCUGGCCCCAGGCAGGGCAGCAGGCGGCCCCAGGGCAGAACAUCUGUGGGGGAACAUCUCACAGUGGGGCACGGCCCUGGCACCCCCUGUCUGCUGCCAGGACUCUGCAGCGUGGGGCUGAAGCUCUUGGCCACUGUGGGUUGCUCUGGGUGAUUUUAUUGCCUGUCAUGGAAGAGCUAAGUCAAUGAGGGUGGUAUAAAGGACCUAAAAGGAAGAGGCUGUUUCUUUUUUAGAAACCCUUUUUGCUUCCCUCAGGAAAUGCAGAGACCAAAUAGGAAGCAAAGGUUCAAAAUGAGAAAACCCACUUCCUGCUGGAAAAGUUUAAAAAAAUACAAUAAAUCCCCCCUCGGAUUGCUCUGGCAACCCAUGAGCACUGCAUGAACAGAAGGGAGCUAUUAAAUAAUGUGCUGUCAGGGGCAGGGGUGGUCUGUCCAGACUCUGGAAGUCUGAUGACAAGGGCUUUGCUCAGUGUGGGUCAGAUGUGAAAGUCUGAGCCCCAGUGAGGGACUGUGCUGGCAGAGGCAUCUUCUCCCCCACACUGUGGCACAGGGAGAGUGUCAGAGGUUUGCUGUGGAGUGGUUGGGUUUAAUCAUGCAUUUUAAAAACAUCAGAUGAAAAUGCUUUUAUAUGCUGUCUAAAAUUGGACCUAAAUCUGUGUGAUGUUUUGUGAAAGCGCUAAAAUACUAAUGGUGUCUUGUGGUUUAAGGAAGUUUAUUUUUAUAUUUGUAAUUUUUCACUCAAAGAAAUGAUUUUCUAAGCACUGCAGCUGAUGUUCUGUCCAUGGUGCCUCUGUGUCAAGCAGCGUUCAGGGACCAUAUGGCCCUGUGUUUGGUUUGAUUCUCUGCUGAUAGUGCAGGAAAGGGGAUCUGGGCAGCCGGGGAUUGCUCUUGUGCCAGUUUCUCUCCCCGGCUGAGAGGAUCACCCCUUGGGAAUGCCCUGGGCAUGGAAUCAUCUGUUCCCACUGGAAUAACUGUGCAGUGGGACAUUUUGUUUUAUUCAGGCUUGAUUCAAAGAGUGGGAUGCCUCAUGGAGGAGGAAAUUCUCUGUCCUUUCCGUUCUGCAAAAAACAUAGGUUGCCAACUGUGUGAGACAGAAAAAGUGCUAAGAUGCUCCUGGAUCAGAAUAACAUCAGGUUAUUUCCCCCAAACUGGAAUAACCGUAGGUGGUGCUGGAAUGGGGGUGUAAUGAGCUGUGGCCCCAGCAUCACCCCCAGCUGCAGAGGGGUCUGCAGGGACAGGAGCCCAAGGUGCCUCCCUGCCCCUCUCAGGCAUUGCCCGCCUCUGUGUGCUCCUGCUCAGCUAUAGAUUAUCUGAGAUUUUAGCCAUGAGAGGGUCUUUAUUCACAGGUGCUGGUGGAGGAGAAACUGCUUCAGAAAGUUGGUAGCUGUUACUGCCCUGGCUGGAACACAGGGUGUGCCUGGGCCUGCCUGGAGAAGGGCUGUGUUAGGGGUGCCUGUGGCUGGGAGGAGGAGCUGGUGUUGUGUUGUGUCUCUCGUGUCUGUGCUGCCUUCCCGCUGUGUCCAGGCGUGUCCUUACCACGAAUACCUGGUGCUGCUUCGCUCUGCUGCCAGCAGGGCUGUGUUUCUGCAGUGUGCCCAUGCGUCUGCCAGCGCUCCCCUUGUGCCCACGUGGCUCUGCAGCCAUGCCCAGGGAGCUGCCAAGCACGGCCACGUGUCCUGUGCAUGGGAGAGGGGACACAGCUGCUGGGCACGUUGCUCUGGCUGGGAAGGGCCCGGCUCUGCUGGGGGAUGCUGCCUGCCCCAGAGCCCCUGGCGAGGCGCUGGCACGGGCAGCCCUCACCCCUGCUGGUGGCAGAGCUGCUGGAGGCUUGGUGCCAGCAGCACAGGGAUGCUCCUGCCUCUGGGGGACCAUGGCAGCCCUGCUGGGCAUUGCUGUGGAGCACCCCAGAGCAGUGGAGUGACCUGGGCCUGUGCAGCCGUGUGUGCCCUCUAGAAUGUGCAGGAGGGCCCUUUGUGUGCCGUGGCCAGACUGUGCCUGGAGCCAUGGUGGGCACCCAGCACAGGGAAAGGGCACCCUGCUUCCUUGGGAAUGGCUUCAAACCAGGAGCAAUGGCUGCAGCUGCUACCAGGAUCACUUCUCUUCCCAUCUAGGGGAAGCAGAGCCGCAGUGACACUGGAGCUUUGGGGGUGCUGGAGCCUGAGCAGUCCCACUGGCAGAGUGGUCACAGCUGUCAGCACUGUGAUGGCUCAGGAACAUUCCCCUCCCUGUUCCGUGGUGCUGCUGCCCCCUCAGGGUGCACCAUCACUGCCCGAAAGCCCCACUAACAGCAGCCACCCAGCUGCACGGUGCCUUCUCCUGGCAGUAAUUCUAAUGUUGGUCAGAGUUCUGUUUUAAAAGCAUCAAACUGUGGCCAGUCUGUAGGGUCCUGCUUACAAAUAACGUGGCUCUCCCCUUUCCCCUUUGCAAAUGUGUCUCCGUGUGCCUGGCUGUGUGUUGGGGUGCUGGGCUGGGGCACAGCCUGUGCUGCCAGACUCCGCUGUGUGGGGCUCAUCGCCCACCCCGGCCCCCAGCCCAGAUGGGGCUCCCCCCAAGUCCUCGGCGCUGGUUCUGUGGUGCUGCACCCCUGUGACUGUGGAAUUGUCCCUGGGGAUCUCAGGCACGGCAGAGGGGUCAGGCUGGUGCCAGCCCAGCUGCUCAGCAGCAGCCUGUGCUCCCUUCACUGCAGGGCAGCGGGCAGACCUGUCUGUGAGGAGGAGCCCCUGUGCCCCAGAGCCGAGGCCUGCAGGGGGCUGAGCUCUGGCACAGGAACAGGCCUGUGCUGGGUGUGGAGCAGCAGCAGUGCCCCUACAGCACCCACACCCCGCACCAGUAACGCCAGCCCAGCAACAGGUGAAAAAACCCACUGGGUUUGCUGACUGUGACUUCUAAUGCAAUAAAUUCAUUCAAGAGCCUGUGUGAAGGUUGCUGCUGGAGAGAAAGGGGAGCUUGGCUUGGAAGGAAGGAAACUUGGAAGGGAAAGAGCAAAUGUGGCCCGUAGUUGGCUGCAGACCCCACUUCAGGGACUGUGCUUGUAUUAAAUGAGCAGAAUAAGCUCCACAUUUUGUGGUGCUGUGUCACCUCAGCUUGGUUCAAGAGCUGCACUUUAGAAGCGCCUGGGUCAAGAAUCUGAAAGAUGAGCCCAGGCUGGUGUGCCUGGCUUGGUGUGAGCUGGUUUUCCUCCUGCACUGCCAGGUUUCUGCUCUGGAGGCAUCCACAGUGCUGUGUGCAAGCUGUGCCACCUCCUCUGUAGGGGAAAUUCCCACUGGGAGAGGGAAUGAGGAAAGACAGUCAGGGUUGGAGGCUAGCCCCCUCUGUGGGCACACAGGGACCCCCACCUGGCCUAAGCCUGGGCUCCCAUGGCCAGUGUAGUCUGGGGGCUGUAACCCACAGCAACCCAGAGAUGAGUCCAGAGUGGUGCCUGGCUGGUGUUUGCACAUGGCAGCAGCACAUCUGCACUGCCCAGGUAAGGGGGCUGUGCUGGCUGGCAGCUGAGGCCGGUGCAGUGGGACCAGGCGAGGCUGCCCCACGGGCUGUCCCUGUGCCGUGGGGUUGAUGUGGGGCAGGACAGUGACAUGGCACAUCCUCAUUGCAGUGACCUCUCCUCGUCAGGGCGGUGAGUGCAGUGUCUGUGCCCGCCUGCUGCCCUGCUCUGGUGUCCCUGGCUCUGCGUGAACCCCUGGCAGAGUGAGGAGUUGGGGCCCCUGCCGUGGGCAAAGGCUUGACCUAUGCAAGGGCAGAAGCAAAUCUAGAAAAUGAAGAAGUCUCUGGCUCUGGAACUCUGAGUUUUGCUGGUUCUGUUGGGGCUUUUGAGGGUUGUCUUGUUGGAUUUUCUCUGAAGCAGCAGCAGCAGCAGCAGAAGUGCUGUGCCUGCACUCCUGAUGGUGACAAGACGUGGCAGAGGUGUGGGUGGGGACACUGGGUACUGUUAGCCCCGUCUCCCGUUAGCCCAGUCUCCUGUUAGCUGCCGUGCUGUGCUGCCCCAGCCUCUGCAGUGCACAUGGCACCAAGACAGUGGGUGCCAGGCCCGAGGGCAGGGUCUGCUGCUGCCUCCUGCCCGGGCUGGCUCUGUGGCAGCUUCUGGGACCCUUGGUGCAGUGCCCAGCUGUCUGUGCAGCAGUUCUGGGACCAUCAGUGGGUGCCGUGCCCAGGCUGGCCCCGUGGCACCUCCUGGGGCUCUCGGUGUGUCCCUCCCACAGCAGCGUGGCUUUGGCCGUGGGGAAAGGCUGCUGCUGCUCCUCGUCCCCUCACUGUCUCUGUUCUGUCUCU